AACACUUUAUACGCCCUAGAGCCUAAACAUCAAGAGCCUUCACACCUUCCCUUCUCCCUUCUUUCGGUUUCUUCUUCCUCCAACUCCAACCCAUCCAAACACACAAAUUUCCGAGGAGAAAAAAUCCCAAUAGAAACCAAAACCUACUUCGAUAUUUCUUCUCCGUCUCAUAUCAUUUUUAUCUCCCGUCGAAAUUUCCUCUCAAAUUCCGUCUUUCUCCUCGACUUAGAUCUACACAAGGAAAUUCGCAUUUUCCCUCUAUUUUUUUUUCCUUUCACAGAAGGAAAGAAAUUCAAAACCUAAUCCUCUCACUCUCUUUUUGUACGAUAUAUAUACCGAACCCUAACUCAGUUUUUUGGUGCUCAGGUUUAGAUUCGUAGCAUUUCUGUACAUUGGAAAUUUUCUUUCGCCGUUUUUUCUAGGUUUGAGUUUUAGGGUUUUUCAAUCGGCGCCAUGAACAACAACAAUAGAGCGAGAUAUCCACCUCCCGGGAUCGCUCCUGGACGCGGAGGAGCGAAUCCCAACGUGAAUCUGAACCAGAACCCGAACCUGAACCAUCAGUUUCAGCAAAGACCACCUUACCACCACCAUAACCAACAGCAACAUCACCAGCCGCAACAGCACCAGCCACAACAUCAGCAGCAGCAGUACUAUGCGCAGAGACAAAUGGUGCAGCAACACCAGCAGCAACAUCAGCAGCAGCAGCAGCAACAACAGUGGCUGAGAAGGGCACAGUUGGGUGGUUCGGAAUCCAACGCUGCCGAGGAGGUCGAGAAGUCCGUGCAGUCUGAAGCCAAUGACUCAAGUUCUCAAGACUGGAAGGCCGGACUAAAGAUUCCACCAGCUGAUACACGCUUUAGGACAGAGGAUGUUACAGCAACUAAAGGAAACGAAUUUGAGGAUUACUUUUUGAAACGGGAGCUGCUCAUGGGAAUAUAUGAGAAGGGUUUUGAAAGACCUUCCCCCAUCCAAGAAGAAAGCAUUCCAAUUGCUCUUACUGGCAGUGACAUUCUUGCCAGGGCUAAAAACGGAACUGGCAAAACAGCUGCAUUUUGCAUUCCUGCAUUGGAAAAAAUUGAUCAGGAUAAUAAUGUUAUUCAAGUUGUUAUCUUGGUCCCAACACGUGAGUUGGCUUUGCAAACAUCUCAAGUGUGUAAAGAGCUUGGAAAGCAUUUGAAAAUCCAAGUUAUGGUUACAACAGGAGGUACCAGUCUAAAAGACGACAUAAUGCGCUUAUAUCAACCAGUUCACCUGCUUGUCGGUACCCCAGGAAGGAUAUUGGAUCUUACUAAGAAGGGUGUUUGCAUUCUUAAGCAUUGCUCAAUGCUGGUUAUGGACGAGGCUGAUAAGCUUCUCUCCCCAGAGUUCCAGCCUUCGAUUCAGCAACUGAUUCAUUUUCUUCCAACAAACCGUCAAAUCCUGAUGUUUUCAGCAACAUAUCCUGUUACUGUGAAGGACUUCAAAGAUAGGUUUCUUAACAAACCAUAUGUCAUUAACCUUAUGGAUGAGCUCACGCUGAAGGGUAUUACACAAUUUUAUGCAUUUGUGGAAGAGAGACAGAAAGUUCACUGCUUAAAUACUCUCUUUUCUAAGCUACAAAUAAACCAGUCAAUUAUCUUCUGCAACUCAGUGAAUCGGGUUGAACUGCUUGCCAAGAAAAUCACUGAACUGGGGUAUUCAUGUUUCUAUAUUCAUGCAAAGAUGCUGCAAGACCAUCGUAAUAGAGUAUUUCAUGAUUUCCGUAAUGGUGCAUGCCGAAAUCUUGUCUGUACUGAUCUUUUUACUAGGGGAAUAGACAUCCAAGCAGUUAAUGUUGUUAUAAACUUUGAUUUUCCCAAGAACUCGGAAACUUAUUUGCACAGGGUUGGUCGUUCAGGGAGAUUUGGCCACCUUGGUUUAGCGGUGAACUUGAUCACUUACGAGGACCGCUUUAAUUUAUAUAGGAUUGAACAAGAACUUGGCACUGAAAUAAAGCAAAUUCCGCCACACAUUGAUCAAGCAUUUUAUUGCCGGUGACCACAGUAGUUACAUGGGUUGUUUUACUAGUUUGAUGAGUAGCUAUGGUUAAUGUGUCUGUCACUCAAGCAAGCAAGGUGGUGUGCGAGGUAGUAUUAUGGAAUUUGGAGUAUUGUUGGACCAUUUGUUAAGUUUUUUUUUCCCUUUUUCUUUCCAAUUUCUGGUUAAGAGCUGUGAAACAUGAGAGGUUGCAUAUGGCCUUGCAUUUGAGGAUGCACUAUGGAAAUUGGGAUAUUGUUGGAACCUUUGUUUAGUGUUUUAUUUUUAAUGAAAAGUUUCUGGAUGAGAGCCGGGAACCUGAAGACAUUAGAACCUCCAGAGAAUUUGGUUUUGGCUUUUAACUGCCAUAUGUUCUGGUGGGUCCAGUUGGUGUUUCUGUUGGGUUACAUUUGCAGGUGUUACUGCAUGUUAUCAGCACUGUGACUGCAUGUUACCAGUACUGUUACUUUCAAUUAAAUAAAUGGUUUAGAGAUAA